CCUCUCAUCGCCUCCCACACCUCGUUCUCCCCGUCUCUCCUAGAGCCCCAGUAUGCAGGCACUACCAUGCACCAUUCAACCCCUAAUCAUUCUCCUCCGAUCCCCACACCAUAUCUGUUUCGGCGCUCCCGGUCCAAUCCUCGCCCACAUACACCAAAAACGUAAGCAUUGCACCAAAAACCCCAGGCAUCAGAUGCUCCAAUCUAUGCAGCCCAUAUAUAGCCCCUUUUGGAGAGCCAAAAGGUGAAAGUGCCAACAAAUAUGAAAACGCCACCGUAGCCCCUCACUGAACUCGCCUGCAAAAACCACUUGCAAACCACACAAACCGAAAACGCCAGCUCGUCGGCCUCCAUUUUUAGCAACUUUUCCCUUAAAUCUCCGCUUGCACACCUUCUUCCCCCCAGGCCCCCCACACAGGCACACAGCCGUGCCUCUGUCUCCCCUCCCUCCUCGACCCUUCCCCGGCGCCGCCGAGGCCUCGCCCAUGGAGAGGAGCCCCGGCGCGGCGUUGACAUCGUCACCCGAGGAGGAGGAGGAGAAGACGGCGGAUGGCCAUGCUGGCGAGGAGGCGGCGGCGGAACAGGAGCAGGAGGAGGAGGCGGCGGCGCCGGUGGUGCUGAAGAAGGGGCCCUGGACCACGGCGGAGGACGCCAUGCUCGUGGACCACGUCCGGCGCCACGGCGAGGGGAACUGGAACGCCGUGCAGCGACUGACCGGCCUCCUCCGCUGCGGCAAGAGCUGCCGCCUCCGCUGGACCAACCACCUCCGCCCCAACCUCAAGAAGGGCUCCUUCUCCCCCGACGAGGAGCUCCUCAUCGCCCAGCUCCACGCGCAGCUCGGCAACAAGUGGGCGCGCAUGGCCGCGCAUCUGCCGGGGAGGACGGACAACGAGAUCAAGAACUACUGGAACACGAGGACCAAGCGCCGCCAGCGCGCCGGCCUGCCCGUGUACCCGCCGGAGGUGCAGCUCCAGCUCGCGCUCGCCAAGCGCCGCCGUUACGACGAGCUCUCGCCGCUAUCGGGGACGGCGGUCAAUGUCCAGGGCGCGCUGGACGCCGCCGCCGCCGCGGCCGGGUACACCAGCUCCCGGCCGGCGCCGCUCGACCUGGCUCGCCAGCUCGCCGCGACGAGCCAGACGGUGCAGUUCCUCUCCCCGACGCCGUUCUCUGCGCCUUCGUCCCCGUGGGCGAAGCCGUUCGCGCGGAACGCCCAGUACUUCCAGCUCGCGCACUCGUCGCCCGUGUCGCCGUCGACGCCGACCGGGCCGCUGCACCCCGUCACGCCGGACCUGUCCCUCGGCUACGGCGUGCGCGGCGCCGACCAGCAGAGCAGGCUAGCGCCGCUCUCGCCGUCCCCUGGCCCCAGAGUGGAGCUCCCUUCAAACCAAUUCGGCCAGGCGAUGCCGCCGACCUCGGCCGCCGCCGCCGGCUUAGGCGGCGGUGCGGCGCUGCCGGAUCAGCACCAGAACGCGGCGAGCCUGGAGAAGAUGCUGCAGGAGCUGCACGACGCCAUCAAGGUCGACCCGCCGGCGCUGGCCCCGGCGAACGGAGACGCCGCGCGCCCCGGCGGCGGCAGCGGCGCUGUCCUGGAGCGGCAUGGUGGCAGAGAGAACAAAUCGGGCGGCCAGCAUAGGGUUGACGACAUGGAGACGCUGUUCGACCUGAUGAUCCCGACGCUCAACGCGCCGGAGACCGUGCAGGUGCCGCCGGCAGCUGCGCCCAACCACUCCAGCUCGACCUCGCAGCACAGCAGCGACGACCAGGACCCGUCCACCGUCGACCUCGGCGUGGACCUGCCGGUCGCCGGUGGCGGCGGCUCGUCGGACCAGGACUGGGGCCUCGACGGCGUCUGCCAGUGGAGCAACAUGUCCAGGAUCUGCUGAUGAUUGCAGCAACUGCAGGAGCAGGAUCCAUCGACGCGGCCAUGUCAGACCAUCGAUCGAGUGGCUGUGCUUAAGACAUCCGAUGAUUCUAAGAACUCCUUAAGGAGAGAGUCCCAUUCUGAACCUUUGUUGAUGUUGAUGCUGUCAGAUGCCAAGCAUCAUGGACAAAUCUGUUUGUGUUCUGUUUUCUUGAAGACUAUGCUGGUUGGUCACCAACUCAAUCUCAGCUGCGCAAUCCAAACCGAACUUGCGUCAGCGUCUAGUAAUGUAUGUUUCCCAUUUGUUUGUCAUCAUGAAUGGUAGAUUUUGAAGAUAGA